AUGUCAUUUGUGCCACUUUACCGAGAUAAGAAGCAUAAAUUCAAAAAUGGCUUUUGGACAUGGAACGAAAACGACUCAAAAUUAAAAUUCUAUUCACAUGGCAUCAAGCCGCAUGAUAAUGUGGAAGAAAAACAUAAUCUGUGGAAAGCACCAGAGGCACUUAAAGUCAAAAUAAAAGCUGCUGAUAAGAAGGAGAAUAAUGAAAAUGCUUCCAACGUGGAUGAUGUGGGUUUGAGAUUUGUCAACGACAUUGACGAAACGGAAGAGCAAAUAUUUCUUGAAUAUUUCCAAAGACCAAAGAAGUUCUGUGAUAGCAGUUCAAUAACAAUUCAGGAUAUCAAAAAUUUAGCAUUCUUCACACUCAAAUCAAAGAUUACAAAUGAUAUUAUUGAAUUCUUUCACACAAAGACUUUCGAUAAAUUUCUUUAUGCUGUUAUCUUUUAUAUUGAUCAGUUCCUUUUAAUCUUUGAAUAUCUAUUAAUCCGACGUGAUGAAUUAAGUCAGGAAAUAAAAAUCCGUGACACAUAUUCAAUAAAAAUUGAGCAAUUUUUAUCAAAGCAAUUGAGUGAUCGACGAUUAUUGAUAGCACGUGAAUACUCAAAAAUUUUAUUGAACAAUUGUGAAAAGAAUGAUAUUGGAAGAAAAAAGCAGAUUAAAACUGUGACAAAGAUAAAAUUGAAACCAUCUGUGGAAAAGGAACAGAUUUUCUUUGAAUCAAUGAUUGAUUUUACAAUUCAAUGCACUUUUAUUGCGAUGCAUCGACGAUGUUUCAAAACAAUUUCAUGUGAACUUAAUCGUUUGUUCCGGACUGAGUUUUUCAACAUUGUGAAGCAUUUAGAUUUUUGUGAAUUUGAUCUGAGUUUUAGGGAAAAGCAAAUUCUAUUCGGACGAAAUUGGUUUGAUGAUUCUUUGAAAAAUCAUCGCCGCCAGUAUUCUCCACUCAUGGCAGAAAAAUUGAGAAUGUCACCAACAGUUGACAAUGAGGAAGUUCUCAAAAUUGGUGAAGAAAAAUAUUCUGGAACCAACAAGUACUUUUUUCAUCUUGAACAAAGUUUCGUAACACCUGAGUGUCAUUUGCACUUAAUUGGAAAACGACGUGGCAUUUUAGGACAUCCAAAGUGUUUUUAUUAUACAACCUUAAAUGUGAAUGAUUUUGCUGUGAUGAAAAUGAACUACUCUAAUGAGUAUGAUCCAUAUGGAUUCAUUCGUCGAACUGUUAUCAAUUUAAAUACAUCCGAUGAUUUUAUUAAUGUAAAAAGUAGACAAAAGGAUAUGCCGACAAGAUUAAUUAUUCAACGCGAACCAUAUGGCGGUAUAAAGGAUCAGAUGAAAAUUUGGAAAAGAAAAGAAUCUAUCAUGAGUAAAUUUUUAGAAGAUUCUAUUUCAGUGUGAAUAAGAUGCUUGACAAAUAAGAAAACAAAUAAUGAAAAAUGGUCGCCAAGAGUGAAAACAAGUAAGAAAUUUUCUCAUCCAAAAUAUGCAUGUUACCAGAUGUUCAACUCUUUCACGACCAAAAAUUGAAUUGAUUUUCUUUUCUAAAAUUGUUGUCAUAUGUCUCAAGAUCUUCAUAUCUCCC